UGCGCGGCUCGGCGCCGUCUCGCUCGAGCGCGGCCGGCGCCCGGUGGGGUCGCCUCGGCGCAGCAUGGAUCACAUAGGGGCUCACCACCUGCACCAAGGCCAGGCCGAGCCCAUCAGCUUCGGCAUCGACCAGAUCCUCAACACGUCGGAGCCGGGCAGCUGCAUGGUGUCGCACCCGCGGCUGCAGGACUCGGCCGAGUACGGCCUGGGCUGCAUCGUGGGCAGCGCCUACAACACCGUGAGCGGCAGCUACGGGGCGAGCGGCGGCGCGGCCGGCGCCUAUAGCGGCACCUCCUGCAGCAUGGGCGCCCUGCCGGGCUCCUACAACGUGAACAUGGCGGUCAGCAUGAGCGGCAACACCCUGGGCUCGGCCGGCGGUGUGAUCCGCGUCCCGGCCCACCGGCCCGUGGCCGGCGGCGUGCACCAGCCCCUGGCCGCCGCCGCCGCCGUGCCGGCCGUGAACGGCAUGAACAGUCUCACGGGGCUCACCUUCCCCUGGAUGGAGAGCAACAGGCGCUACACGAAAGACAGGUUCACAGUGGCCCUCUCACCCUUCACUGUAACACGCCGUAUAGGUCACCCCUACCAGAACCGCACGCCCCCCAAGAAGAAGAAGCCGCGCACGUCCUUCACCCGCCUGCAGAUCUGCGAGCUGGAGAAGCGCUUCCACCGGCAGAAGUACCUGGCCUCGGCCGAGCGCGCCGCCCUGGCCAAGGCCCUCAAGAUGACGGACGCCCAGGUGAAGACCUGGUUCCAGAACCGGCGCACCAAGUGGAGGAGGCAGACGGCGGAGGAGAGGGAGGCAGAGCGGCAGCAAGCGAACCGCAUCCUCAUGCAGCUGCAGCAGGAGGCCUUCCAAAAAACCAUCAACCAGCCCAUCCAAGCGGACCCCAUCUGCGUCCACAACUCCUCCCUCUUCGCCCUCCAGAACCUCCAGCCCUGGUCCGACGACUCCACCAAGAUCACCAGCGUCACCACCGUCGCCUCCGCCUGCGAAUGAGGCUCGCCCCGACCUGGCGGCGUGCGCCCACCUCCUGCCGGGGGACCGUCCCCACGGACAGCGCGGUGGCCAGGGAGCUCCUCCGCUGGGAAGCAAGGGAGAAGCGCCCAGCGAGCUCGCCCGGUGCGUGGGACUGCCCAUGCCGUGGCGGCGUCUCGCCUCCCCCCAGCCUCUUUGUUCUUUCGAAAGUCUCCAGUGCCGGCCGUGAACUUCCUCACGCGCUGCCAGACAAAGCCGAGCCCCGACGGCUGCGGGGAAAACUUCCUUUGAGUCCUGCUGGUGACGGCGCACAGCCUGGCUUCAUCCGUGUAUAUAUAUAGAGAGAGAAAAAACACACACACAUAUAUAUGCAUAUAUAUAUACGCACAUACGUAUACGUGUGUGUGUAUAUAUAUAUAUAAAUGCGUUAGGCUGAUGGUUCGAAACAAAAGAAGGCAGCUGGCUGGAUAGCACGUUUCUGCGACAAGGCUCCUCGGCAUCAGCCCAGGCCGCUCGCGCCGGGGGCGGUUGGGGACGCAACAAAUGGAGGGAGCAGCCUGGCUUUUCUUCUCCCAGCAGCAAUUUCUGCUUGCGACAGAUGUGGACCCGCCGGAUCUCACCUAGUGAUGUCUCCUCCCCUUUUUCAUUAAUUUUUUCUUGCGAGGGGGGAUUAAGAGAAGGAAGUGACAGACCCCUGAGGACGGUAAAUAUGAUAUCUCAAUUGUAUGAAGAGCCCAAACUGUCCCUGGCUGCCACAGACUCUGUGCCGAUCAGCUUAUAUUUUAAUAACGAGAAGACCUUGGUGGCAGUUUGCAGGGGUAAUGCAGUUUCUUUCAGUGGAUUAUUUCCAUCUCAUUUGCAAAAUGUUGUCCAAUGUUUUAUUUUACCUGUUUUCCUUUAUAAGGCAGUUUGUGAUGGCGAAAAUCUGUUUCACUUUCAACUGUUUUAACUUAGUCAUUUCUUUAACCGUACUGAGUGAUGAGACACAAUUAAACAAAGCACUUCUUAUAGCAAAUGACAGGAAUAUAUAAAUAUAUAUAUAUAUACAGUAUAUAUUUUUCAGUUACUUAUAAUCUAAAACAGCACUGCCAAUUUAAGCAGCUGGUACAAACAAGCAAUCAGAAAACCUAUUUUCAGUGAGAUUUUUAAAGGCAUUCUUCUGUUUGUUUUUUUAAGUUAUGCACUUAUAAGGUGUUUUAUGUGUAUUCAUUUUAUAAAGUGCUUGUGUAAUUUAUGUGGAAAUGAAGAAGAAAAUAAAAAAAAAAUCUCCAGGGUACUGAAUAAAUCAUUUAAUUUCUUGCUCUUCCUGUCUAUUAGUUCCUGGAGAGGAGACAGCAUAUCAGGACUCUUAAUACUGAAGCUUUCACUGUUUGCUGAAAAUGAAAAUAGAGUUAGCAUUUCCAUUUGGUCUUGCUGGAGUCCACUUUGGCUUUGGAAGCUCUAGAGAUAAUUUGAUGUAUUUUAAUCCCUGAUCCUGUAAACGUUUUUGGGCUUCAACCGAGCAGUGCUUUUAGCAUCUGCUUUAAUCUCAGCGUGUCUGUGGGGCUUGCUCAGUGUGGAGGGAGCUGCUGAGGGCCAUAGCGUUAAACACAUGUUGAAUAAUUUCCUGAAUGAGACCCUGGGCGCUUGCCUGGGCUGGGGGCGUCUGGGGGUGUUAGUGUCUGAAAUUUCAUAGAGAAAGCUUUUUUAUAAAGAAAUCGGCAAUUGUACGUUUUAGAGACAGCCUCGUAGGGAUUUAUUCUAGGGGCACGGUUCGUGCUCAGCCUUAUUCUGCAUCGUCUUCCCGAGCUGGAGAAGCCAUUGUCAGGGGAAAAUCAAAUCGAGGAAGACUCCCACCAGCUUCCUCAGGGAGACUCCGGGUUUGUGACCAGGGAAGCUGUGCUGACUUCAGGCUGGGAUUUCCUUCGAGCACUGACAAUCACUGGCUAAAGGCUGUUUGAGGAGGAAAACGCCAGGAAGGCGUGCGGCGCUUGCAGGGAGGGAGCCGCUGGGCCUGAGGAUAAACCCUGUAAAACAGCCUGGUUCGCCGGGGCAGCUGGAGCCAGCGUCCAAGGGCAGCUCGCGCUCGCUCCUCUGGGCGACUCUGCGGCGCCGCUGGAGAGUUUGUUAAGUGCAAGUAUGAGUAGCAUAUUUUUUUCCCGAUGCAAUUCAGGAUUGGGCUGAAAAUUUGUGUUAGUCUGGGAUUUUCCCAUCUUGCAGUAUAACGUACAGGCAAGCACAGGUGUCUGCAGAGAAGGAGAGACAAGAAGCCAAAAAAAGGAAAGCACAGAAAAAUAAGUAAAUUGCAGCAAACACAGGUUAGGAGAUAGUCUUCAAAGAUACCUGAUUACUCAUAAAAAAAAAAAAAAACAACCUAAAAUACCAUUGCUUGCAUUUUUUU